GCUCCUGGAGUUGCAGCUCGAGCACCACGGCAGCCACGAGAGCGCACACACCUUAUGUUUAUGUUAAUCCUUAACCAACCGGGAGUAAACAACGGCAACAACAACGCAGUACGGGACGCGAAUCCUCUCCGUACGGCCGUCGGGACCGACUUUUUCGGCACCGUUUUCCACGCUGCAAGUGCGCAUUCCUGCACGCAGAGAGCCAGAGAACCAGCCCGGCCAACGGAGAGCUGCUAGCGUUCCUCUUCACAACCCCGGACCGGUGCAUUCACCCCCGGAGGCUGGUGAAACACACCUCUGAUGUUUGGGCUUUACUGGAGACUCCAUGCGUUUGUUGUUUUGGAGACCCAAGGUGCACCAUGGGAUGGUUGCUCUGAUGAAUACGAGUACGGUCUUGCGUUCCGAGUAGACUGACCGGUGGCUGCGCCCGACGCCGCCUUCCAGGGCCCCGAUGGUGGACUAGAGAGGAGGAAAACACAACCACAACACGGGCCUUAAUUGGAGAAGAGGAAAGACCCAUUUAAAUCCUUGUUACUCUCGCCUUGGUGCUGUUGGAGCCCCGCAGUCAUGGGCAGGAGAGACGGAGCCUCCGGUUUUUCGACGCCGAUCCAGUGUCACUCCAGUUUCGGGUUUAUUUUAUGAGCCUAAACACUUUUUCUCGACCAUUGUAAGAUUAUUUGAAAAGAGGGACGCGGAUGCUUCACCCUCGCCUUACACAAGUGAAUGAUCAUAAACGCCUAAAAAAGUGUUUUGUUUUUGUUGCCUCAUCUUCGGAGAACUGCCUACCUCCUUGUUCCGCAUCAGGUCAGAGUUAUAAUACAGAGACAAAUCUGUAAGUCCAUGAGCACCGUUUCCACUGUUGAACUGACUUUGAUACCUCAUGAAUCUACCUCAAAUACACGUUUUUUCGCUACACCUCACAACUGGCUGAUGUGACUCCAGAUAAAUACCUCAGAUUGCGCAUGUUGUAAACCUGGGUUUGGGUAAAUGCUGCAGAUGGCUUCGUUUCCAGACUCGGACCUGCAGACCUGCCCGCUCUGCAAGGAGCUGUGCGGGUCCUCUGCUCCCAUUUCCUCCAGCUCUUCUACCUCUUCAUCUUCCUCACAUACCUCCUCAUCUUCCUGCCAGACCACCAGGAGGCUCCACGUCCUGCCCUGCCUCCAUGCCUUCUGCAGGCAGUGCCUAGAGGGCCAGCGGAGUCCUGGGGAGCCCCUGAAGCUGCGGUGCCCCACCUGCGACCAGAAGGUGUGCAUCUCAGAGGCCGGGGUGGACUCCCUGCCUUCCUCAAACUUCCUGUUCAGCAACCUGCUGGACGUGGUGGUGAGCUCCGAGGAGCAGAUCCAGAACAAGAACGGCCACCACAACCACCUCAGAGGAGGCUUGGGUGGAGGCUCCUCGGGUUUCCAUCACCCCCAUGGAGGCCUGCUGCACCCCAACCACCUGGGAGAGCCUGGGUGCAGCUCCUGUGACGAGGAGAACCCGGCCACCUCCCACUGCCUGGACUGCCAGGAGUACCUGUGUGACAACUGUGUGCGGGCGCACCAGAGGGUGAGGCUGACCAAGGACCACUUCAUCGAGCGCCUGGGGGAGAACCUCCACCUGAGCCGCCUCAACGUCAACAGCAACUCGGGGCAGCAGUCCCUCGCCCAGUCCCUGCAGAACAACUUUGCCCUGCUGUCCCUCUUCCAGGACCACAUGAGCUUCUGCCAGCACCACGACAAUGAGGUGUUUCUGUUCUUCUGUGAAACCUGCUCGGUGCCUAUCUGUCGGGAGUGCAGUGUGGGCCGUCACAUGGGCCAUACCUUCGUCUAUCUACAGGACGCCGUACAGGACUGCAGGUCCAUCACCAUCCAGCUGCUGUCAGACGCCCAGCAGGGACGCCAGGCUGUGCAGCUAAGCAUGGAGAAGGUCCAGGCCAUGGCGGAGCAGGUGGAGAUCAAAGCCAAGGUGGUGCAGACCGAAGUGAAGGCCCUCGUGCUCCGACACAAGAAAGCUUUAGAGGAGAGGGAGUGUGAACUACUGUGGAAGGUGGAGAAGAUCCGUCAGGUGAAGGCCAAGUCUCUGUACCUGCAGGUGGAGAAACUGCACCAGAGUCUGACCAAGUUGGACAGCACCAUCGCCGCCGUCAGCCAGGUGUUGGACGAGGGCCGCCACCUGGACGUCCUGCUGGCCCGAGAGCGAAUGCUCACUCAGAUCCACGAGCUGAAAGCUCUGCGGGGUCUGCUGCAGGCGCAGGAGGACGAUCGCUUCAUGUUCACUCCUCCAGACCAGGCUCUGUACAUAGCCGUCCAGUCGAUGGGUCUGAUCAGCAGCGGAGCCUUCGCCCCCGUCACCAAAGCCCACGGCGAGGGUCUAAAAACUGCCCUUCGUGGCAAACCCUCCUCCUUCACUGUGAUUGGAUACGACCAUGACGGCGAGCCUCGUCUCUCCGGCGGCGACACGGUGUCAGCGAUCAUCAUGUCGGUCCCGGACGGUCACCUGACGGCCGUGGAGGUCACGGAUCACCAGAACGGCUCGUACACCGUGGGCUACCUGCCCAAGAGUGAGGGGGAGCACCUGCUGUCGGUGCUGGUGUGUAACCAGCACAUCCAGGGCAGCCCCUUCAAGGUGCUGGUGAAGUCGGGGCGCAGCUACGGAGCCCUGGGCUCACAGGUGGCAGCGUUUGGGAACGAGGGGGAGGGGGACGGCCAGCUGUGUCGCCCCUGGGGCAUCAGCGUGGACAAGGAGGGAUACGUGGUGGUGGCCGACCGGAGCAACAACCGCGUACAGAUAUUCAAGCCCUGCGGUGCCUUCCACCAUAAGUUUGGCUCUCUGGGUUCCCGUCCGGGACAGUUUGACCGUCCGGCCGGGGUUGCAUGUGACAGUCAGAGACGAAUCAUUGUGGCUGAUAAGGACAAUCACCGAGUGCAGGUGUUUACUUUUGAGGGCCAGUUCCUGCUGAAGUUUGGGGAAAAGGGUACCAAGAACGGGCAGUUCAACUAUCCCUGGGAUGUGGCUGUCAACUCUGAGGGUAAGAUCCUGGUCUCGGACACCAGGAACCACCGCGUGCAGCUCUUCGGCCCCGACGGCUCCUUCCUCAACAAGUACGGCUUCGAGGGGGCCCUGUGGAAACACUUUGACUCUCCCAGGGGCGUGGCCUUUAACCACGAAGACCACCUGGUGGUGACCGACUUCAACAACCACAGGCUGCUGGUCAUCCGGCCGGACUGCCAGUCGGCUCGCUUCCUGGGCUCCGAGGGCACCGGGAACGGGCAGUUUCUGCGGCCCCAGGGCGUCGCCGUGGACCACGAGAACCGCAUCAUCGUGGCCGACUCCCGCAACCACCGGGUCCAAGUGUUCGAGCCCAACGGGAACUUCUUAUGCAAAUUUGGCACACAGGGGAAUGGCUUCGGACAGAUGGACCGCCCCUCCGGUGUGGCUGUGACGCCCGAAGGAGUCAUCGUGGUCGUUGACUUUGGAAAUAAUCGCAUCCUCAAGUUUUAAGAUUUAUUUUUUUGCAUUCUCCGCCUCCGUUUGCAGUUUUCUUGAUGAAGGAAAUGGAGGCGAGAGAAUGAAUCAACAGACACAACAGGAGGCGGGCGCAGAGAGGGUUGAGAGCAAGCUGCAGUGAAGGGAAAUUAAAACUAUAGAUUUUUUUUCAUGUGUAUUGAUAUAUAUUUUCCAAUCAGAUAUCUUUGGUAUGUAUGACAAAGGGGACCUCUACAAAUUGAUAAUCAGUAGAAAAAGCCAUAUUUCCAUUCCCCGGUCUCAGCUGCUCUGAACCCUCUCUGUGAGCUCCUCUUUAGUAUCCAUCUCAGGGAUUUUUUCACUUUUCUCGAAAUCUUGUACCCUCUGCUCCACACCUACCUCAUUUAGCUCUUUAUGAAUGUACUCAUAGUCACUGAGCAGAGGUUUAAAGUCCGUGAAGUUUUACAAAGAAGAAAAGCCUACCUCUAUACUUUGUUAUUUAAGAAAGACACAAAAAGAAUAGACUGUUCAGUUGAUAUUUGCACAGGAUUAAAGACAUUCUUGCUGUGCAUUUCGAAAUAUGAGUUAAAGUGAACCUCCUGAAUGUUGUUGCUGAGACAAUACUCAGACCGCUGUCGAGGCUACAUGAUUUAUUCUCAUUCGAGGGCUUCUCUCGGAGAGGGAUUUAGUGUCCUUUUUUAAUGUUUGUUUCCGAGUGGUUAGUUUUUUGCUUAUGCAUCGACCCUUGUCUCUUUGUUGCUCUGCGGAGUUCGUCAUGAUCGCCUAAGAGGAGAGCGCGAAGCGAUGCCAAAAUAGAAAGAAUCUAAUUUAGCUCAGGUCACGUAGGACUGAUUGAAAUGAUCAGACUCCCCCUCUAGUUUUACUGGCUGAGUGAAUCUAUUGAGAAUUAAAAAUAUAUAAAGUCAUCUCCAAAACGAUCCCUAAAAUAAAUCCUGUUAUAAAAUAUGAUCAUCCAAUACUCCCCUUCCCCAACCGUGUCUCAUAAGACUGGAAGAAUUAUUGUCAAGACAACCUCAGUCGUUAUUCUCCAGUCAGAUGCAUAAAUGCAAACUAAAGUAUGCAGUAUCGAAAAGGGAGCACACCAAAGGCCUUUGGUGAUGAAUUUUGUUUCCAAGAUCCGGAUCUAUUAGCGAUCUUAACAUAGAGAUUUAAUCAUUUAAUUGAAUGACUCCUUUUUCAUGAGGCAUGCUGUGUGACAAAAGCCUCACAAGUAGACACCUGAUUUGGCUGUCCAGACGACGUUAAUGACAUCAAAUUUAAGGCCUGACAUUUACAAUCCUUUUGAUUUGGAUGGUGGUUGAAAGCCACCGUCUGUGGCUCCUUGGGGCCCGGGAUUUAGUCGAAUGAUAGGGCGCGAUCAGGAAGCCCUGCCCUAUUUAUUGAUGUUGGAGUUGAGGAGAAACCUCCAGAUUGAGCGUCAGUAGACCGAUUCCUCUAAAGAUGGAGGUCUAUAGACUACUGGAGUUAACCAAAGUUAGAUUUUCUGUACAAUGGCCAACUGUAGAUUUGGCGAUUUUUAAAAAAAAAAAAAAAAAAAUCCCCUUUAAAAACAUUUUCUUAAAUAAU